UUGAACUUACUAGUCUAACACACACUUUCUUCCUUGAGUUUUUAGAGGGAAACCAAAAUGCAGCGAACAACAUCUCUUCUCUCUUCCUGUUCCUCCUCCUCAUCUUCUUCGUCAUCAUUUCCACUUCCUCUUUCCAUCAGAGAUGGAUUACAUUUUAACCUUAACAGACAUAACUCAUCUUCACUACCUUAUCACCACCACCACUACACAACUAAAACACCCUUAAACUCUUCCUUCUUUUUUCGACGCGUUCUUCCUCCGGUCCUGCGUAGCACCGCUGUGACUGAAGAAAUUAUUGAAACAAGUAAAGAUGAACUGAAAUUCAUUGAAAUUGGGUAUGUGUGUAAUGUUCAUGGACUUCAAGGAGAACUUCGUGUAAAACCUAAUACUGAUUUCCCCGAAUUACGAUUUUCAGAGGGGAAAAGAUGGCUAAAAGAACGAAUCUCAGGGAAAGAAGUAAUCAGGGAGGUUGAGAUUGUUGAGGGGAGAGAGCAUGCUGGACAGAAGAGUUGGAUCCUUAGUUUCGAAGGGAUUGACACUAUUGACCAGGCGAAGCAACUUGUUGGGUCUGCACUACUCGUAAGAGAAGAAGACCGGCCAGUUUUGGAGGAAGGCGAGUUUUACAAUCCAGAUCUAAUCGGCAUGAGGGUUCUGCUUAAGGAUACAGGAGAACUGGUGGGGACCGUUGUUAAUGUUUUUAGCAGUGGAGGAAAUGAUCUCUUGCAAGUUAUGCUUAGUUCAACUGAAGAAACACAUAAUAGUUCUGGUUCGGUAGAGGCAGGGAGUGAUGUUCCUGGUCCCCUUGUUUGGAUCCCAUUUGUGGAAGCCAUUGUUCCAGAUGUGGAUACUGAUAGAAAAGAAAUGCAGAUUACUCCUCCGAAGGGGCUUCUUCAAUUGAACCUGCGUUCCGAUGUGAGGUCGAAAAAAGAAAGACGGCAACUGGAGUGGAAAGAAAGAAAGAAGGCAACACAGCGGCUCAUAGCCGCUAAAAAGAAACUUUCUGAACUGGAACAAAGACAUGUCUUCGAUGGCUUAAGGUUUGGAGACAAAGCUCAAAAGAGCUUGAUUGCAAAUCAAAUUGUUGGCAUAAACUACAAAUUGUUUCAACAGGCGAUGCAGAAUACUGUGACGCCCUCUAUCAGUUUAUUGGAGUUCAUCAAUGCAAACAAAACCAAAUUACAAGAGAAUUCUUCGAAAGCAUCAGCAGAGUUUAAUAGUGCCCAGGGAACUGAAAGGACACUAAAUCCAACUCAAGAUUUGCUACAAAAGGGCCUGAAGUUCGUAUCUGAAGGGAAAGUUGCAAUUGUUAUAGUAGCAAACGAAAUAACCAGUAAGGAUUCUGCCGAACUGCAUCAUCUUCAGGGAAUUCUAUCCAAUGAAAAGAGAUUCACGACGGCGAUAAAAGAUGGCCAGAUCUCAUUGCCUCUUAUCAUAGUGUCACCUGCCUCUGAAAUUCAAUCUGUCCAGGAGCUUUUCUCAAAUCAUGAAUACUUUGCUUUUGACCCACAUAAGGUGUGGCUCUUGGAGGAAGAAAAGCUGCCUGUUGUUACCAGCUCAACGGAAGAACAAAACAAGCACAAGAUUUUGCUUAAAUCACCGUGGGAAAUCCUCCAAUCACCAGUUGGAUCGGGUGGAAUUUUCAGCUUACUCUCAACUCACGGCAUCCUUGGGAACCUUAUGGAAAACGGUGUAGAAUAUGUUCAGGUAUGCAGUUUGAGUAGAGCAUCUGCCAUUGUGGACCCAUUAUUCAUUGGAUUUACAGAUUCCUGUGGAGCUGAUACGGGAAUCAAAACCGAUGACAACGAUAAAGAUCUUAAUGAAGAUUUCAACUUGAUAUUCUCGGUGAGAUUUCUGAAGAAGAUAACCGGACAGAUGAAUAACCUUCAGUUUUAUAAAGUUGAAACUCAAAAUUCACAUGUUCAGAUGGUUGAUGACGAAUGGAUCGAUGUUGUGCCUUCUUCACCCAAUUCAUAUGAGCUUCAUUGCUCAAUACACAGUGUCCUAAACACCUGCUCUUCUGACAAAAUCUGUAUAAUGGAGGGUGGGGGUGCCUACUAACCCAUUUAUUUAUAUUGAUUUAACAGGAGACUCAAAAACUGUACAGUAUCCACUGCUUAUAAUAGAGAGAGAAUUAGUUGCUGAGUGAUUCA